AUGAGUAUAAAUAUAGGAGCACUGCAAGUAGAAAUGAAUUCAUCGAUCAUCGAAAGAUCGAUCGAUCGAUCUCCAUUUUUCUCAAGCAGGUGAAAGCUAGCUAGCAAAGAUGACGAAGUCGAAUACUAGAGCUGUAGCAGUUGCAGCUGCAUGGCUAUGUUUUGCUGUUCUUCUGGCUGCCGGCGACAUUGGAACAGCCACAUCUUAUGCUCCUCCAUAUCUGCCAACAAGGUGCAAGGGGUACGAUCCGCAGCAGUUCCCGGAAGGCGGGUUGUUUGCGGCGGCGAGCCCAGGGGUGUGGGACAAUGGAGCCGCCUGUGGCCGGAGAUAUCAGAUGAGGUGCAUCAGUGGCCGGAACAAGCCUUGCCGGGGAGACUCGAUCGUCGUCCAGGUCGUCGACCUUUGCCGGAGCUCCCCUUGCCCGGCAACCUUAGUCCUCUCGAACCAGGCCUUCGGCUUCAUCUCCAGAUUCACAAAUGCCAAGAUCAACGUUGAAUAUGCUCAAAUAUAAUAAUAAUGGGCGCUGCUUUCUUUUAGGGAAGAGAAAGAGAAGAAAAGGGAAAUUCCUUGUCCGAAUUUAAGGCCCUCUUUCUGGCUCUCGUGUGAAUUUCCUUAGUUUUGGGCGAAUUUUCUUAAUGAAAGUCCUCUUUUGGCUCUUCUGUCAUAA